CAAAUUUUGCUACAAUUCAUCCUUAUAUUGAACAUUUUUGUGAGAAUUAUUCAACGUCCGGCUGACGCAUUUUUUAAUGCCAGCUGGGUGAAUGUUUUUAUUUUUGAAGGUGUUUUAUUUAAGUUUUUUUUGUAUCAUCAUGGUCGUGCGAUUAAUAGUUUAUAUUUCCUUCUAUUUUGCUUUACAUAAUAAAAAAAGAUAACGAUUUCAAAACCGCCAUUUACAUAUUACCUAUACUAUUUCCACUGCAAAAAAUCAAUUAACGCAAUUUUAUUAUAUUUAUUCCUUUUAUACAUACAUAUUUCCUCAAUUUACUUUCCACCAAUAAAAAAAUCUAAUUGUAAGUUAUAUCCAAGAAGGCAAAUUUUUCUGUUUCAAGCUUAAUUUAACACUUAAUUUUAUUUUUAGAUUUUUAAUUUUUAACUAAGCUACUGAUUUCACGUUUUCUCUCUUUAAUAAAAACGUUGAGUGAUUUUGACGCAAGUUUAUGCGAUAUAGCCGACUGGCUACAAACGACGACUCGUUAGACGAGUAUACGCCACUGAUGCUCAGCGAUCAACAAGGAGUAAGUGGGACAUCGCCUCAACAUCAUCAUUUGAAUACUGCUGACAACGCUCAUUUGCUUCCAAUUCUGUGUCCGUCAGUGCAAAGCAGUGUUGGCGGUGGAAGCAGCUUUGGGUCAAACCGGUCCGGAUUCUUUAAUAUGUUACAGUGCUUCAAAGGCCUUUUUCGCCGCAAACGUGUUCGGCAUGCGCGCACAAUUAGAAUUGGCCACGGCCCUGUUUGUACAGGUGGUCAUUCGUUCCCACCAAAUGUCAUCUGUAACAGAAAAUAUAAUAUAUUUACUUUUGUUCCAAUGGUUCUUUUUCAACAAUUUAAAUUUUUUCUCAAUCUUUAUUUUUUGCUCAUGGCAUGUAGUCAAUUCUUUCCGCCUAUCCAAAUUGGAUCACCAAUUACUUACUGGGGACCUUUGGUAUUUUAA